AAACAACUAGUGUAAACUAAAACCCCACUCAUCUCAAAAAAAAAAAAAAUGGCGAAAGAAAUCAAGCUACUGGGAACAUGGGCCAGUCCCUUCAGCCACAGAAUCGAAUUAGCCCUGAAACUGAAAGGCCUGCAGUUCGAAUACUUGGAAGAAGACCUCUCCAACAAGAGCCAGCUCCUCCUUCAGUCCAACCCAGUUCACAGGAAGAUCCCCGUCCUCAUCCACAAGGGGAACCCGAUUUCGGAGUCCCUCGUCAUCAUGGAAUACAUCGACGAGACAUGGCAGCACCAGAACCCUCUUCUCCCCAAAGAUCCCUAUGCCAGAGCCGUAGCUCGUUUCUGGGCCAAGUUCAUAGACGAAAAGGUCUUGUGGACGGCCUUCAAGGCUUACAAUGACAAGGGCAAAGAGCAAGAGGACGCCAUCGAGGAAUUCUCCCAGCAGCUCAAGUUUCUGGAGGGGGAAUUGAAAGGUAAGGAGUAUUUCGGAGGGGAGAGAUUCGGGUUCGUGGAUAUUGCGGCCUUCUUCAUCCUGCAGUUCCUGCGAGUGCUGCAAGAAGUGAAAGAGGCAGAGUUGAUGACGGAGGAGAAGUACCCUGUUCUGUUCGAAUGGAUGGAGAAGCUGCAAGGGAAUGAAGUGGUGGCGGGAUGCCUGCCGCCGAGGGAGAAGCAUAUUGCUUAUGUGCGAGCUCGACGUGCAGCUGCAGAGGAAGCUGCUUCCAAAACCAAAGCUGCAUAAGGGUAUAUACGGAAAGAGAAAGGAGAGAAAUGGAUUUUCCUUUCUCUCGUCCCCUGCAUCUUCCUUUCUCUCGUUACCUUUGUUCUGUAGUGACGUUGAGUAGAGUACUGUCCUUUGUGUGUUUUUGCACUAAUAAUUUUGUAAGCAUGGAUUUUAUGAGCACUUCUACUAUACUAU